GGGAAGAGCCGGUUUGACAGCCGCAGAGGGUGUCGGGAAAUGUGGUUUAGGCGCCUCCUCCGGUUUACGGGCGUCUUGUUCGCGUCCCGCAGAUUCGCGCGUGAGGGGGGCGUGUUCGUUUGGUUGAACUGCAGCAGCUUCCGCUCGGUGGCGUCACACAUGUAGCACAACAUGGCCCCUGCCAGCCGGGCUGUUGUUGUGGUAGCGCUCUCACUGCUGUACCUAUGCCGGGCGAUUUUCUCCACCGAGUACUUCUCUAGUCUCACUUUGUUCAACAAUGAGCUUCACAAGCAGGGAUGCAGCUCGCUGUCCGAGUGGGAGGACUACGCUGCCGACUGCGAGUCUUCAAUUUUACAGUUGGAAGACCCAGAUUGUGAAGAGGGAAGCAACCCCCCCUGCGAGUCUAUCUUCUCACUUAAUGCAGAGAAGAUCUUGAAUCAGGCCAAAUUGUUUAUAGAACAGAAAAAAAUCCCCUUCCCUGUAGAUAACCACAACACAAAUGAAGAGCUUGCUAUAGGUUAUGUUCUCAUAGGCAACGGUCUUUAUGAUGAAGCCAUCAAACACUUUUCACUCUUACUACAGGGUGACCCAGAGCUGGUCAGUGCCAUCUAUGGAAGAGGGAUAGCUUAUGGGAAGAAAAGUCUGCAGGAUAUAAAGAAUGCUGACCUGGCAUUGUAUGAGCUCAACCGAGUCAUCACCCUCGAGCCAAACUGGCCUGAGGUCUACGAGCAGAGAGCAGAGAUCCUGUCUCCUCUGGGUCGCAUCAGUGAGGCUCUGAGUGACCUGACCAAAGCCAUCCAGCUGCAGCCAUCAGCUCGUCUCUACAGACACAGAGGAACGCUGUUCUUCAUUUCAGAGGACUACGUGGCAGCUAUGGAGGACUUCCAGCAAUCUUUAGAGCUAAAGAAGAAUCAGCCUAUUGCCAUGCUGUAUAAAGGCCUCACCUUCUUCCACAGAGGCAUGCUCAAGGAAGCCAUUGAGACAUUCAAAGAAGCAUUGAAGCUGAAGUCUGAUUUUAUAGAUGCCUAUAAGAGCCUUGGACAGGCCUACAGAGAGCUGGGUGACUUUGAAUCAGCCAUGGAGAGCUUCCAGAAAGCCCUCAUGUUGAAUCAGAACCACAUCCAGUCUCUCCAGCUCCGUGGCAUGAUGCUGUACCACCAUGGCUCCCUGCAGGAGGCCAUAGGCAACUUCAAGAGGUGUCUUCAGUUGGAGCCCUACAAUGAGGUGUGUCAGUACAUGAAGGGGCUGAGCCACGUGGCCAUGGGGCAGUUUUACGAAGGCAUCAAAGCUCAGACUAAAGUCAUGUUGAAUGAUCCUCUGCUGGGGCAAAAGGCCAGCUCUGAAUACCUCAAAGUCAAAUACCUCAGAGAAUACUCUCGUUACCUGCACUCCCACCUGGACAUCCCAGUAGCAGAGUACAACGUGGACCAGGACUUACCGGGGAACUUUAAGAACCACUGGGCCAAGAACCUGCCUUUUUUAAUAGAGGACUAUGAGGAACAGCCUGGUCUGCAGCCACAUAUCAAAGACGUGCUGCCACAGAACUUCGACAGCUACGGCAAUGAAGUUCAGAAGCUGAUCUGCACGGCCGACCAUCUGGGGGCGCUAAUGCAAUACGACACUCCUGGUUUCUUACCCAACAGGAGAAUACACCGAGCCAUGGGAUUAGCAACCCUAGAGGUAAUGCAGGCCAUGCAUCGGACGUGGAGCAAUUCUAAAGUGCGAGUUAACGGCAAAACCAGGCAAAUGCAGUGGAGAGACAUGUUUGACAUAGCAGUCAAAUGGAGGAGGAUCGCGGAUCCAGACCAGCCAGUUCUGUGGUUAGACCAGAUGCCUGCCAGGAGUCUCAGUCGAGGCUUCAACAAUCACAUCAACCUCAUCAGGGGGCAAAUUAUCAACAUCAGAUACCUCGCCUACUUUGACAACAUCCUUGACUUCAUCAAAGAUAGAAUACUGGUCUACCACGGGGCGUACAACCCCAGAGGGCUUCUGGAGGUCCGCCAGGCUCUUGAAAAUGUGAAUAAAGUAGAAGAUCUGCUUCCUAUAAUGAAGUUCAACAGUAAAACCAGCGAUGGCUUCACGGUCAACUCCAAAGUGCCGAGCAUGAAGGAAUCUGGGAAAGAGUACGAUGGCUUCACCAUCACCAUCACUGGAGACAGGGUGGGAAACAUGUUGUUCUCAGUAGAGACGCAGACGACAGAAGAGCGGACGCAGCAGUACCAGUCAGAGAUAGAGUCCAUCUACAAAGACCUCACUGCCAAAGGAAAGGCUUUAAUGUUAUCAACUGAACUUGGGGAUGCAGAUGCAGUGUGCAACCUGAUCCUCUCAUUGGUUUAUUACUUCUGCAACCUCAUGCCUCUCUCCAGAGGAUCCAGUGUGGUGGCGUACUCAGUGGUGAUGGGGGCAUUGAUGGCCAGUGGGAAAGAGGUCAUCGGUAGGAUCCCGAAAGGAAAGCUGGUAGAUUUUGAAGCCAUGACCACACCCAAUCCAGACAGCUUCAGUAAAACAGCAAAGAGCUGGAUGAAUCUAAAGAGUUUACCAAGUUGGUACCAGAGUCUUCCAUCUGUAGCAGAGUCCUUCCCGACAACCAGAACAAUGAUCGAAGUCCUCAACACAGACUCAUCUUCACAUUGUCCAAAGAAGUCUUAACACAACUCCUGCGCGGUGGAGAGGUCUGUUUAGGAACGUCUUAAAAAUAAAGCUUCUGCACUGGGCAGAACAAAGGGACUGUCUUCUUCUACAUCCCAAACAAUACGGGACUGAGAUUUCCAAAAACAUCUUAGCACAAUUAAUUAGGAAUUAUUUAAAAUUUAAUGAUGGUUUUGGCAAAGUAGGUCCGUUCUUUUUGAUCCUUGAUAGAAGUGAGAGCACUUUAAUGCAAAUUCAAAACAUUGUUUUACUCUUUGAAGAGGAGACCUUUUAGUUCAUCAAAAGCUACAAUUGAUUUUACUCUUUCCAUCUGAAUCCUGCUUUCCUGUCAUUUCCCCUUAAAUACAAAAGAAACAUUGGCCUCUGCUUAAGUAGCACAACUUAAAGGGUUUUGAGAAAUCCAAGUCAUCUUUCUGCAGCUCCUUUUAAGCUCUUCAGCUAGUUUGACAUUUUUAUUUUCCAGUUGUUAUGACACAAUUUCAGCUCGCAGAACUCCAAAUUAAAUGUAUGAUUACAUUUUGGUGCUUUUGGCAUUACUGCCACAAGUUAAUUUUCUAGAUCCACGCUCUGUGUUUGUGGAAGUGAUAUAGGAUGCUGAAAGCAGGGUGUUACGGGUUGUUUGGGGUGCAGAAGUGAUUGUGUCCACCUUUGCUCUUUCUCUGCUUUACAGGCCUCGUGCCUCAGACACCCAAAGCACAACAAACGCCAUCUGUUCGCCCAUCAGCUUGAACAGUCUUUCUUUGCAGAGUCGCGUCUGAAUCUCUAUAAAUCUUUUUAAGUUACCUACAACAUGAAAAACUGCACCUUCUGGUUUUAUUUAACAUUAAAAAUUGUAAUUGGCACUUUAAACAUUUCCCUUAAACCACUGUUGUACACACACGCAUACACACACACAGAGUCCAACCUAUCAGCAGUGAAUGAGUCCAGGGAUUUUAAAAAAUAUGGAAUAAAACCUUCAGGGCUAUUGUUUGUCAGCACUUGAGCAAAUGUCAUUUCUUUUAUUAAAUAUGAAACAGUUUUCUUUUAAUAUGAUGAAUAAUGCAAUGGUAUAAAAAUGGGUUGAAUGCUGAACUAACAAAGGAGCAACAGUCAGAUUUUUGAGAACUAUCAGAGCCAUUUGGUGCUCUUUGCAACAUGAACUUAUGUGUUGGGCUUUAUUAACUUUGUUCAGAUUUUAAGAGUUUGGGUAAAAUGUCAUUCAGCAGUUCCGGCUUCUGAGAUCUGAAGGUGUUUUGCUUUCAUCAGUUUUGAAUCUUUUUAAAUUGGAAAAAGUAAAACUUUUUUUUGAGCUAAAUGAGCAAUUUGAGGAGGAUUUUCUAGACCUUUAAUUUUUUUUUUUUAUUUAUGUUUUUUUUAUGAUUUAAAUAGUGUGUUCUUGUUUGUUUGUUUUUGGCAUUCUCCUCAUAAAGAGUUUCACAAUUAAUAAUUAAAAAUAAGAAAGCAAAAUUUAAAUCCAGUUUGGCUCACAGAUCUCAUAAAAAAAAAAAAAAAAAAAAGAAAAAAA